AUGCCGAUCGAUAUUGAGAAAUCCUCAGCACGUAAACAACCUUUACGUCGUGGUAUUCAUAUAACUGAACAAAAAGAUUAUCGCGUUAAUCCAGAACCAUUGAUUUUACAAGAAGCCGACUUUUUACUAGAAGAAUUUCUUUCACCAACGAAAUUGAGAGCACUAACUGGAAAAGAUGAUUUAGCGAAUAUUCGAGAAUUAGAAAUGAUUGUCGAUACGUCCGAUACGAGUUUGGGAAACUUUGGAGUUUAUUUACAGAAAUUAAUUCAACUGAAGUUAAGUAAUAGUGUUAUACCACGAAUAAGAGAUCUUGGAACGUCACUAUCACAUGUACGGAUUCUUUGGAUGGCUCGCUGUUGUCUAAAUGAUUUAGAUGGGAUUACAAGUCUACAAUCACUGGAAGAACUCUAUGUUGCUUAUAAUGAAAUAGUUGAUUUGAGUGCCUUGAGUAUGCUUGAAAAUUUACGCUUACUUGACUUGGAAAGCAAUCUCGUUGAUGACCUACGUCAAGUUGAAUUUCUCGCUCUAUGUCCAAGUUUAACUACAUUGACUCUCGAAGGCAAUCCGAUUAACAAUCAAACAGAAUAUCGAACGGAUGUCAUUCAUCGUUUACCUCGCCUUCAAACACUCGACGAUAUUCCGACUAAUCGAUCGAAUAAAUUAUCAUCAUCAAUGUCCGGAGAUGGAGCAAUGUUAUUUCAACAAGAUUGGUCCUUGAUCGAGGAAUGUAUCGCCGCUGGUAUGGCUCCGCCUGAUGAAAAAUUAGCAUGCAAUCAAGCGGAAUCUCGGCCGAGAUCAGCGAAUAAAAGUCCAUUAAAUCGACCAACAACUGCUGCUUAUUAUCGUCCUCGAUCUUCAGCUCGACCCGGUUCUACUGGUAGUAUUCGACCACCGACAGCAUCGAUGCGUCCAAAUACAGAUCCAACAAAACUAGAACUUCUAGAUAACAAUGAAGAUGUUGUCAGUGAAUUGACCAUUGGUCCAGCAUUUCAAGGUAAUCUAACAAAGAUUUUACGAGCACGUAAACAACAACAGCAGCAGCAGCAAGCGCGUAUGUCUGAUACUUCUCCAGUGAAAAGCUCGGAAAACACGAAAGAAAAGUUAGCUAAAUCAGCACUACCUGUUUCGACCUCGGCCUCCGUGUCGAAUCAUCCAUUAAUGAGAGAAAUUGACGAAUGGAGAAUUGAACAUAAUCGUAAAAUUGAAGAACGAAAGAAACUCCUUGAACCACAAGUGUUACGUAUUGCCGACGAUGAUGAUCUUCUUGAAAAUGAUCUUGAAGUUGACGAAUCCGAUGAAGAGAAUGAUUAUAUCAAACGAUCCGAUCAUUCUCAGCAAGAAGAGCCAGCAUCAUCAUCGCCAUCUAACCGUCGCAAUUUCGCAUUUGACGAAUCCUUCCCAUCCGAAGAGCAACGUUGGCCAACAUCCGCUUUAUCAACUCAUAGUCCUGAAAAAUCAGAAAGUCGAUUGACUACCGGUGACACAGGCUAUCGAUCAAAUUCAGCUGCUAGUUUACAUCAUACACAUUCACGUGCAAGUUCACGCUCAUCAGUUGCAGAAAACUCUAACUCAGCAGCGGAUCGUAUGCGUGCACCAAUGCGUGUUAGUCAUGAACCUGUUCUUUCGACUAAUAAUGCACAUCGUUCUUCACCAUCAUCACAAUCAAUAAGUCAAAAGCCACCUAGUUCUCCGACGAAAAAAUCAUUGAAGGAUUUUCGAAAUGAUCCACUGCCGACACUUCCACGUCUUCCUCCACGUAAAACGUAA